GAUCCCUACUCAACUAUACAACACAAGUUUUAGUUUCAUCCUUCUCUUCACAAUAAAAAUGAGAAGCUUUGGUUAUUUGCUUGUUGCUACUUUAGCAAUUUGCUUUGUAGCCAGCACUGUUGUUGCUGAUUACUCUUAUGGCUAUACUUCUCCCUCACCUUCUUACAACUCUAAGAAGUACUACAAAUCACCAUCGCCAUCCAAUUAUCAUGUACCCAGUCCAUACUACAAGAAAUCGGAGAAACAUGCUGAACAUUCUCCAUCACACUAUUACAAGUCACCGGUGCCUUCCAAGCACGACUAUUACAAGUCCCCUACUCCUUCAAAGCAUUACUACAAAUCACCAGUAGCAGUGAAGUAUUACAAAUCACCAGCUCCUUCAAAGAAGUACUACAAGUCGCCAGGUCCUUCAAAGAAGUACUACAAGGCCCCUGCACCUUCAAAGAAGUACUACAAGUCGCCCGCCCCUUCAAAGAACUAUUACAAGUCGCCUGCCCCUUCAAAGCAUUACUAUAAGUCACCAUCACCUACAAAGUACUACAAAUCUCCAUCACCAGCAAAAUACUACAAGUCGCCUGCUCCAUCGACGCACUAUUACUAUAAGUCACCAUCUCCAACAAAAUAUUACAAAUCACCCACUCCUUCUAAAUACUAUAAAUCACCAUCACCACCAAAAUACUAUAAGUCACCAGUUUAUUACAAGUCUCCACCACCACCACCAGCUUAUUAUGAGAAAUCUCCUUCUUACUACACGUCCCCUCCUCCUCCCCCAUACUACAAAGAAUCUACUCCUUCCUACAAAUCCCCUCCCCCUCCACCAUACUACAAAGAAUCUACCCCUUCCUAUAAAUCCCCACCCCCUCCCCCAUACUACAAAGAAUCUACGCCUUCCUACAAAUCCCCUCCCCCUCCACCAUACUACAAAGAAUCAACCCCUUCCUAUAAAUCCCCUCCCCCUCCACCAUACUACAAAGAAUCUACGCCUUCCUAUAAAUCUCCUCCACCUCCACCAAAGUACUAUGAACAAUCGCCUACAAUCUAUAACUCACCACCUCCACCACCACCAACCUAUUACAAGCAAACUCCAACCUAUGCCUCACCUCCACCACCUCAAAAGUACGAGCAAUCUAUCAUCUAUGCUUCACCUCCACCCCCACCAGCAUCCCCCCCACCGACGUACUACUAAACAUUCAAUAACUCUAUCAUUUCCAUGACUUUUACAUCCUAUUUUGAUUCCAUUUCCUCUUCCAAAUUUAAUGU